AUGAACACGUCGACCUCCUCGAGCUCGUCGUCAUUAUCUCUUCUUGCGGAUCCCCUACCACGAUCAAUGGAUGGACCAGCAAUGGACUACUUCCUAAUCGAAGUCGUUCAGACGUUGCGCCAUUCCUCUAGCAUUGCCGCCGCUCGUGCUAAAAAGGUAGAGGAAGAAAUGAUAGCGUCCGGUCUGAUUACCGCUCCUCCCCCACCGCCUCCAACUCUCAAAGUCAAAAAGGAGGUUCAGCGAGAAUCGUUGGGUAGCAUCGUUUCGCAAACGCAAAAUAUCUCAGGAAAGGUCGCAAUAGAUGAAGAAGAAGAGGGUAUACGGGCCAGACUAGAAGCAAUCGGUCUACAUGUAGGUGCAAAUAUCACAGAGCGUCUAUGUCAUGAUCGACCCGUCUUCACGGACACGUUGGACAUCAUCAAAUUCAUAUGCAAGGACCUAUGGGCCAUCUGUUGGGACAAGCAAGUUGAUAAUCUCCGAACGAAUCACCGAGGAGUAUAUGUUUUGCAGGAUAAUACUUUCAAGCCUAUAUCUCGAUUCUCCUCUUGGGAAGGUCGCCCCGACGCUACGAGACGAGCAAGACUCUAUGUAGCUAUGUCCGCGGGGAUUCUUCGUGGAGCGCUAGCGAGACUGGGCAUACAGGCUAUGGUUGUCCCAGAGGUAAACUUACCGCAAUGUACCUUUCAAGUCAAGUUACCGAAGAGCACUUGA